AACGGUAACGCCCUUCUGAAAACUAACGCCGUCUUCUCCUUUCCCUUCCUGAAAAUUCACUUCUACAAAUACUAGCAAGUUAACAAAUAACAACUAACAGACGAACACCCGCGUCUCUUAACGUCGUCAUAUUUAACGUCGUACGUUCCAUUCUGUCCCAAUCGCCCCUCGCCAUUCACCUCUCACCAUCUCUCUUCCGCCCUCUUGAAAGCUGAAACUCUCUUUACACUACAAAAUCUCCAUAACCCUGAAACCAAACAUUCCCUUAACCUUGUUUCUUCUAAAUUCUCACAUUUUUUUAUGCCAAAUUGUCACUCUUCCUCAUUUCCCAAUUCCUCCCUUUUCCUUCACUUUCUUUUCUCCCUGAAAAUUUCUCCUUCAAUGUUCUCUACCCCGUUUGUCCUCACCUUUUCCCUUCUCCUUUCCCUCCCUAUUCUCUUUCUCUUGGCCCCCAGAAUCCUUCCUCCUCGCCUUCCCCCCAUCUCCCCUUCUGAUGAGCAGGAUGAUCUUUCCCUCUUCCGCCGGGCCGCCGCCGCGGCCUCCUCCCACCCUUCCUCAUUCUCUCACCUCUCCUCCUCCAAACACCCCAAGCUCAAAAUCGCCUUCCUUUUCCUCACCAACACCGAUCUCUACUUCGCUCCUUUGUGGGAAAAGUUCUUUAAAUCGAAUAAGGAUCUCUACAAUAUCUAUGUCCAUGCCGAUCCUUCUGUAAAUAUCACUCGUCCAGAUGGUGUUUUCAAGACCCAGUUCAUUCAACAUGCCAAACGUACCUACCGUGCGUCUCCUACUUUGGUCUCCGCCACGCGCCGCCUCUUGGCCACCGCUAUUCUUGAUGAUCCUGCCAACGCUUACUUCGCUGUCCUUUCCCAGUACUGUAUCCCGCUCCAUUCGUUUAGCUAUGUCUAUAACUCUCUCAUCUCUUCCAAAUCUUUCGAUCUCACGUCUUCUGAAUCAGACUCUGAGUCCACUCAAUACGGAGUUCGAGUUCAAUACAAGAGUUUCAUCGAAAUUAACUCCAAAGAACCUCGUCUAUGGAAGCGUUACGUUGCUAGGGGGAGAUAUUCCUUGAUGCCAGAAGUACCCUUUGAGAAAUUUAGAGUGGGGUCUCAAUUUUUCCUGCUAACGCGCCGACACGCGCUCAUGGUGAUUAAGGAUCGGAGUCUAUGGAAGAAAUUUAAGCAGCCCUGUUACAGGGCCGAUGAAUGCUACCCAGAAGAGCAUUAUUUUCCUACUCUCCUAUCAAUGUCAGAUCCUAAAGGCUGCACUCACUACACACUAACAAGGGUCAAUUGGACGGGCACCACCAAUGGCCAUCCGUACACUUACCGGCCGGCUGAAAUCUCGCCGGUACUGAUUCACGAGUUAAGGAAAUCGAAUUACUCAAGUUCUUAUUUGUUCUCGAGGAAAUUCUCGCCGGAUUGUUUGAGACCAUUGAUGAAAAUCGCCAAUAAGGUCAUUUUCCAGGACUGAAAAUGCUUGUUCCUGGUGAAUAAGGAGUUUUGAUUAUGAUGACGAUUUGGACAAUUAGAAAAGAUACUGCGGGCGGGAGAGUAAGUUUGGUUGGGGAAUAGUUUUGAAGAGUCUUAAUGUGCUCAAAAUCCAUUAAAAUCCGAAGGAACCAACUCAGAGGUGCUCCUUUCCUGAAGGGGAAAGAAAGGGAUCACAAGAUAGACAAAGUGGGAAACAAAAGUAGAUACCUUUGCUAAAGGGUGUGUUUUGAUGGGGUAAGAGGGUCAAAAAAGGGUUAGUGGUAGUUUUGUCUCUUUUGUUGUCUCUGUUUUUGUACAUAUGUGAAUGAAGUGAUGAAAUAGUUUAGGUUGUUGAGGGAAAGCAAAUCAAUACUGCAAAAAGCAAAAGCAAAUGUGUCGGAGAGAAUAGUAAUGGGCUCUCAUCAAAGAAAUUUUCAUGUCUUGAUAUAUUCUUUUCUUGGUUAAUCUUAAAAGUAAAUUUAUGGUUC